AUGAUUAAAACUAAAAUUAAAAAUCUAAGAUCUGUGUAUCAUGCAGAAGUGAGAAAAAUCAACAGUUCGAAGCGGUCCGGAGCUGGCGCAGCAGGCGUUUAUAAACCACCCAUGCCAUGGUUCUCGGAAAUGGAAUUAAUAAUGGCAGACACGGACAAUUAUCGUGAAACUGUUGAAUCCGACUUGGUGGAGUCUGAUAAAUCAACACAAAAUAGUCAAACAGCUUAUGCAAAUAUAACAUCGUCACCAACGCCGCCGACAUCGACAUCGACACCGCCGUUCACUCAAACUGAGAAAUCACGCUCAUCUGACGAUUAUUUAGGAAGACGAAAAAAAGUGAAGAAAAUAGAAGAAACAGAUGGUGUUGCUGAGGCUCUAAAUCGCUCACAAAAUAUAUCUUCCGCGAUUAACAACCGAAGCGAAGAAGACGAGUUUCAUUUUUUUGGAUUGAACGUAGCAUCUCAACUGCGGCAACUUCCAUUAUACGAAGCAUUAGGCGUACAGACUGAAAUACAAGCAAUUUUGACUAUGGCUAGACGUCGAAAUAUGUAUCCUGAUUUGUCUGCUCAUAUACAAUCGAAUUAA